CGUGCUCUGUGUGAGCGAGCGCGCUGACGUCACACCUCCCCAGCGAUCGCUGCGCGAGAGCGAUGUGCUGGAAUGCGUGAGUCUCGCGUACUUCCUCGACCGAUUUGAGAGUUUGGAACUAACUUCUCCCGAAGCUUGUUUAUACAGCAACAUCGCUAAACAACGAGCGAACGUCUCCGCUGGUUGAGCAUGUCUGCUCAGACGGUGUAUCCAGCUACUUCUGGUAUCUUCAUGCCUGUAGGCAUACCACUACCAGAAGUGGGCCAUGACCUUCCUGAGCUGUCUCGGAAUGAUGUGGCCGCCCCUCAGCUAGUGAUGCUUGCUAAUGUGGUAGUAUCAUCAGAGACGUCUUCCUCAGACUACAAUGCAGAAGAGAAACAAAUGGUUGAACUCAAGACUGUUGGAUGCAACAACUACUCUGACAGUGAGGAAGAAGGUGUUAUUAGAUACAGCCUUGACAAUUCAGAGAUGUCUGAGGUCACGUACGCUGAACAGGUAACUCGGGUUGAGGCAGAUGUGACAGAAAGAGUGUUGGAGCAAGCUGAAAUAGAGCGAGUAGAAGACCUCUCAAACCCAUCCGAAAAAACCCCAUCUGAGUCAUCGCCAGCAGAAAAACGUAAGCGUACCCCGGUCGUCAUUUUCGAAUCCAACAAAAAGAAGAAGAAGCCCUUCUUUUGUAAACCCUGCCAGUACCAGGCCGAAAAUGAGGAGGACUUUAUUCACCAUAUCCGCGUUCACAGCGCCAAGAAAAUGACGGUGGUAAAUGGUGCGGCUGACUCUGAUGACGAUCUGGCCAGUGAGUCAGGCCAAUCUCAGACACCGAACCCAGAGAAUAGUGAAAGUUUGAGUAACUCCAAAGGUGUGAUCCGCUGUGAGCGCUGUGGAUACAACACCAACCGUUAUGACCACUACAUGGCUCACCUUAAACAUCAUACUAAGGAGGGUGAAGAUCAGAGAGUUUUCAAGUGCACCAUUUGUGCUUAUACCACCAUCAGUCAGUACCACUGGAAGAAACAUCUGAGGAAUCACUUUCCCAGCAAGCUUUUCACUUGCAACCAGUGUUCAUAUUUUUCUGACCGCAAAAAUAACUACAUACAGCACAUCCGGACCCACACUGGUGAGCGUCCAUUUCAGUGCAUAUACUGUGAGUACUCCAGUUCCCAAAAAACUCAUCUGACCAGACACAUGAGAACCCAUUCAGGUGAGAGGCCUUUCAAAUGUGACAACUGCAGCUACCUGGCAGCCAACCAGCAUGAGGUGACCCGCCAUGCCAGACAGGUCCACAAUGGACCCAAGCCCCUAAGCUGCCCUUACUGCCAAUACAAGACAGCCGACCGCAGCAACUUUAAAAAGCAUGUUGAGCUCCAUGUCAACCCUCGACAAUUUCUUUGCCCGGUCUGCAAGUAUGCUGCAUCCAAGAAGUGCAACUUACAGUAUCACAUCAAGUCCAGACACCCAGGAUGCACUGAUAUCUCGAUGGACGUGUCAAAGGUAAGACUGCGUGUCAAAAGGACUGAUGUCGAUGAUGUUUCACCUAAUAAGCUUGCGACAGACCAGGUCGGAACGAGGCGAAGUGAGGAAAAGCAGUUGGGAGAAUUGAAUGAUGUUGAAUCAGGCCCCAUCAACCUCUCCAUUAAGAAACCCAGCAAACCCACCCCUGCUGUGGAGACUGAGCUGACUGACAAGACCUCAAAGAAAAAUCCAGAUGUCAUUGUGAAAGAAAAAUCUGGAAAGCCAAGCCAGCAACCCAGUGAGAAAACUGCAGAGAAAAAGGCCAUGCUGAAAAAUGAGGGUAAAGAGAAAAACAGUAAGAAGGUUAAAGGAAAGAAUUUGGUAAAAGCUGUGGACAUUGCUGCGACACAAAUAGAGGGCUGCAGUGACAAACAAGUUAAUAAAAAGGAGGUGAAGAAGGUAGAGAAAUCCACCAAAUCUGUGGAGAAAGUAACGAAAGGUCGUCCUAAGAAAGAGAAGCCAUUAAAGGAGACUGCCAAUGAAGUUACUGCAAAACAUCAACCCAUUGUUGAAGAGCAAAGGUUGGAUUUGGACAACGAAAGAGUGGAGAAAGACCUUGGAGAUAAACAGCAGCAGCACAAAGACAAGGAAGAAAGAGAGUGGCUAGAAAAGGAAAACAGAUUGCUGAAUGAUAAAGUGAAGGAGACCGAAGAGGAAGAAAGUGCAAAGGAUUGCAGGAAAUCGCCAACCAAGAAACCAUGCAAGAGGCAGACAAAAUUGUCAAAGGUCAACAGUGAUGCCCAGAGUACAGAGGUAAUGCAAGAAGUCAAGACUAAACCAGUCAAAAGAAAAGCAGAGAACCUGAAUGUACUAACGACUGCUUCUUCAAAACCAACCUGUCCGUCAAAGCGGGUCAAGCGCACAAAGAAAGAUACAGCCAAGCCAUCAACAAGUUCUUGUGCUCCAGAGAGAAAUCGCACCAUACCUGAGGUCCUACAGGCCAUGAAGAGCAAAACCAAGAGUGCUGAGGCAAGUACAAACAAACCUGAGAGUUGUGCCAUUGAACCCGAGAAGAUCAAUAAAGUCCCAGAGAAGCUAAGCCUCCCAGAAGCUGAAAAACGACUCACCACAGAAACACAGGAGGUACUUACCCAACCAGACGAGCAGGCACCUACUGUGGUGACCAAUCAAGAUGACGGAAAUCACAAGGAGACUACUCCUGUUGUGGAGGAACCCACAGUCUCGUGCAAACCUCAAGAUCCAGACUCAGAACGAUCUAAAGAAACCGAGAAUAAGAUCUCACAUGAACCAAAAGAAAUUCCAGAAGUAGACAGUGGAAGUGAGAUGCCGUCACCUACUGACAGCGAGAGCUCUCCAGGUUUCAGCCAACAGCAGCCUGUUUUCAGCCCAUCUCUUGAACUUCCUUGUCCGCCUGGUCACAAAUCCACUGACGCAGAGGAUGACGAGGGUAUCCACAGUAAUGAUGGGGGAAGUGACAUCAGCGAUAGUGCCUCUGAAGGAAGCUACGACUCUGGUCUUAACGGACUGGCUGCUGCCACCGAGGGUGGAGAGAAACUUCCAGAGACUCUGACAGAAGAGCUCCCAUCUCCAACCAAACUGCUCAGUCACACGUGUAUCUUCUGUGACCGUACAUUCUCUUUAGAGAUGGACUACCGUCGCCACUUGAACCGCCAUUUAGUAAAUGUGUAUUACUUGGAAGGGGCGGCUCAGGGUGACAAGUGAGGAGUAUCUUUUUUUGUGUCCAAGGCAGUUUAUGAGGUUCAAAGCUUGUUCAAGUUGUAAAAAAAAAGAAAAAAAAAAAAGGUUUGUUUGUUCUUGUUGGAUUUACAGCUCAUGACAGACGCCCACAUCAAUGCUUUCUAGUUUUUAGCUUGCCAUGACAUGAUGCAACAUGAAACGUCAAACUAAUAGAUUUCUUACCACAGUAUUCCUUUAGUUUUGAGAGUGAAAUCCAUUGUAAACUUGUGGUAGGAUCCUGUUGUCUAUUGAAUUCCAAACUAACUGAAUCUUUGCUUAGUCAUGUGCUCCGUGACGAAAUGAUCAUCGUUUUCCCGCGUUUUUUUGUCACACUACUUCGACAACAAAAAGGAGGGCUGCUCUAAAAGCAAGUACACUUUCUCCCUCCAUCCCUGCGGAGAGCUCAGAUUAGCCAGACCCAGGUGGUCCAGCACUGAAUAGCCCUGAAGAUAAUGGGGCUUUCAGUGUCUUUGUGCUGUUCCACUCCACUGAAGCGCCUCCAUCUUUGGUCAGCAAGAGACGGAGUGUGUGUUUAAAGCUGGCUAAUGUCAUUGUAUUUCAACUGUUUCUUUGUUCCCUUUUACAGUUUAGAGAGCACUUGACAACUAACCAUAAUCUUACCUUUGAGGCUCUGUUUCACGUAAGCUGAACAUUUCAUUUAAACACAAAAACAUUUCUGUACACUUCCUAGAGGUCUUUCUUUGAUUAGGCUGCUCUGCCUUUUAAGGAAAGUAGUGUGUAGUUUGUAAUGUUUGAAGAGUAGUAGGUUAUUUUCUUGCGUUGUAAAUUGGCUUUCAAGGAUUUUUACACUUGUCAGCUGCCUCUGAGGCUGAAUUUCUCACUUCUUGAGUUUGUAGAUUCUUUUUUUGUCAAUAUUUCAAUUUCAUCCUCAGUCCAAAGAUUUUGUUGCUUUUGUCUGUGUAUAAACUGUAUAUAUUUUUCUUUACUUGCUCUUCAGUGCCUCAGACAAUCAAUUUCAGCAUUUUAAUUAAUUUCUCAGAUAUUUAGAUCUUCUUUACCAUCAAAUGAAAGAAUGGCUUGUCUUUUCUCUGUAUCUUACCCAUGCAACAUUCCCUUCCAUAUCAAAUAGAUUAUCUGCAUCAAAUCUGUUUAUCCAAAGUUUAUCUAAUCAUGACUUUCGACUGAUAUCAACUGACUUUCUUUUGUUUUGUUUUUUGCAUGUGUGUGAAUGUGUUGUUGUCACAAACCUUUAAAUUUGUCAUGUUAUUCUGUCUAAAAAGGAAAAAAUACUGUAAAAGAUAUAGAAAUAAAUUGCCUUUAGUGCAUUAAGUGCAAUAUUGAAUUUUUGGAUAUAUUACCAAAGCAAGAUGUAGUUGGUAGAGUUGUAGGGGCAAAAUCACAUGCUUCAGACAGAGGUGUGGUGCUCCUUGAAAACUAUCCACAGGUACCCCAGUGCCCCUGAAAAACUCUUGGACGGUUGGAUACUUUAUCACUGUAAAAAUUUGUCUUUUAUAACUUGUUUUUUUUUAUCAUUUGUUAAGCACUGCUUUUUUUUCUCCCUUUUCUUUUUUAGAAUAGCAUGUUGCCAAUUCACAACUCAAGAUCGUUGUCAUUUACACAUCUUUGUAAUGACAUGUGUAACUGUCUUCUUCAUUUCCUAGUAAUAGCAGUCAAAUUAUAUCAGUUGAAAAAUUAUAUAAUAUUGUCCCCUUAAUUUGGCUUUUUAUGAAUGAUCUGAAAACAGUUUACUACGCGACCUGUAUGUUUAGCAAAAUAUGUUUCAAUAAAAAAAGAAAAAACUA